GCAGACUUUAAAAAUGGCGCUGUCGAUAUGAGGGACGGGAUGGGCAGCAUACGUGGAUGUUCCGUGAGCAUAUGGAGCGGCGUCGACGGGCAUCGUGAUAUGACACACGCGCCGAAUGCAUCUCGGCUUGCGUGAAAGGCGGUUCGGUCGGUGCCAUCCUCUUGGCAGAGCAGCAGUUGUGAAGUUCUGGCAAGAUGCUCACAGCCUUCAAGAAGCUAGUGGGCAACAGCGGCGAUGGUGGAGGGGGAGCCGCUGGUGGAGGGAAGCACCAGCCCCCGUCUGGCAUGCAAGCCAUGGAGCAAAGCCUGCAGAAGCGGUUUGCUCGAGGUGUCCAGUACAACAUGAAGAUCGUCAUCAAGGGGGACCGCAAUGUGGGCAAGUCGUGUCUCUUGCUGCGCCUGCAGGGCCAACCAUUCAAGGAGGAGUAUCUGCCCAGUGACGAGAUCCAGGUGGCCAGUAUACAGUGGAGCUACAAGGCCACUGAUGAUAUUGUCAAGGUGGAGGUCUGGGAUGUGGUGGACAAAGGCAAGAAGCGGAAGCCCAUCAAGGGUCUGAAACUGGACAACUCGAUGGCUGACGCUCAAGGGGUACCUGAGGAGGCUGCAUUGGAUGCAGAGUUCAUCGAUGUGUACAAGGGCACAAAUGGGGUCGUCAUGAUGCUAGACAUCACCAAGCAAUGGACCUUUGACUACGUGCAACGCGAGCUGCCCAAGGUUCCGGCCAACAUUCCAGUUCUGGUUCUGGCCAACCAUCUAGACAUGAAGCACCACCGAAACAUCACCGAGGACCAAGUGCGCUUCUAUGUUGAAUCCGUAGAGCGGCCCCCGGGCAGUGCCCAGAUCCGUUAUGCGGAGUCAUCACUGCGCAAUGGUUUUGGCCUCAAGUUCCUGUACAAGUGGUUCAACCUGCCUUUCCUCCAGCUGCAGCGGGAGAGCUUGCUGCUGCAGCUGGAGCGGAACAGCCAGGAGACAAAUGCGACCAACGACGAACUGGACAUGCUGCAGGAAUCUGAGGAGCAGAACUAUGAGUUGUUUGUUGAAACCCUCAACAAUCGGCGGCGACAGAUGGCUGAGCAGCUUUCGUCUGCCUCCAAGUUUGCAGAGGCAGCAGCUGCUACGCCAAACGGAUUGCCUUCCAGCGUCACCACAGCCAACUUGGCGGGAGAGGCAGGCCGGAGACCUUCCGUUAGUGCCAAAGUGGGACCAUCACCCCCACGAAGUGUGUCAGUACCUACUUCACUUGGGCACGAAGCACAGAAGGCAGCAGCAGGAGCUACAUUGCACCCACUGCAAGCCCAACAGCAGCAGCCUCGGCUGCAGCAAACGCAGUCGCCCAGGAAGCCAGCUGUUUCACCUACAAUUGAACAAGGGUACCGCAUCCAAAAAGCAUCACCAACCUCAUCAAAUAGUGAUGCUGCUGCUUCUGCUAAAGCAUCAUCUGGAAGUGUGCCAUCACCAACGGCAUCUGUGGGCACACCGACAAAACAAGCUGCUGGCCUCAUGUCAAAACUUUUCAAUAAGAAACCAGAAAGGGAGGACUGUAUGGUGGUGCAAGCUGAUGUUCAUGCACCGCCACCAAUGAGCUCUUCAACCAUGGCAGUCCACAAUGUUGAUGACUUUGUACCAGACGGUGAUGCAAGCUUUAGCUCCUUUUUAGAAGAGCGUGAUGCUGAUGGGGGUGCUGCUGCACCAUCUGCACUUGACGAAGAAAGUGCCAGUGAUGAAGAAGAGUCUGGUGGCAACCCACUGGUCACCGGAUUCCAAGAUGAUGUAGACCCCGAGGACUUUCGUCCAGGUCGAGCAGCUGGUGACCUGCCGGCUUCUGUGGUGCCUGUGGGCAACAGAGACUCCCAAGACGAUGAAGAUGCUUUAUGUGGGGGUGGCAGCAGUGCACGAGAGCCUUCAGAGGAAUCUUUUCUGUCAAGGGAAGAGAUAAGCCGAGAGGAUCCCGAUGGAACAUCAUCACCAGCUGCUCCUGAGAAUGCACCAACAGAGCCAACAACAUUUUGGAGCAUGCCCAGUGAGGACUUGAAUUUUCUGGAGAAGAGAUACACUGCCCUUCCUCCACAGCUUGAUAAAGCUGCUUCCGUGCCAAAACAUCAGCAGAAGCUUGGUGGUGCUUCUGGUACAGCCAGUGACACUCACGAGGACGAUGCUGCUUCCAUCACCAAGAAGAAGAAGCACAAGCACAAGUCCAAAAAGGAUGACACUGAGAGGAGUCAGAAGCAUAGAAAAGAGAGGACUAAGGACAAGUCGAGCAGGGAUAAGGACAAAGGCAACGACGAAUCCACUGACAAAGCUAAGAAGAAGUCUCACCGCAAGCAUCGCAAGGCAGUAGAGGAAAGCUCUUCAGAUGCAGAACGGCUGGAGGCUUUCCUGGGUGCUGCUGAUGAUGCCAGUGUAGAGCGAGCGGUUGAAGCAUAUGAAUCAUUGUGACAUAUCCACUUUGUAGAUAGUGGUGUUGAAGUAUACUAGUGUGCGCAGAUUGUCAAUGGUAACAGAGCCGAAAUAUGCAUGCUACCAUAACAACAGAAGGUGUACCAGAGAAAUAUUCCAUAGAUAUACCUUGUUUGUGCUGAGGCCACAUUUGCUGGCUUUGGCAGCUUCCUUUCUACUGAUGAUGCCAGUAUCAGCUUUACAGUGCUGUUAAAGCUUGAUGCUAAGGGACUGGUGCCAACAGUUUGCUUGUACUGUUACUGUGUUGAUACCACUGGUGAUGUAGUAAUACUCUAGCUUUUUAGGUAUUACUGAAACUGGGCAGUGGUGCACAAAAGAUCGCCAGGUGAAAGCUCAGCUGUAUCCCGUGUGCUUUGUCUGAGAGGAACUGUCUUUGGAGCUGCACUAAUGCUGUUGCUGGGGCAGAAGCCCAGUGUAGCACAUGCAUAGUGUGGCACUGUGUUGCUUAUUAAACAUGCUGCUGACUUCCAGCAAUACAGUCACUAGCGCGUGAACCCUCAUGCGGCAGGUAUUGUUGGGGUCUCUCUGGCAUAGGCAGCAUUUUUUUUCGGGGGGGGGGGGGCACAGGCCCGGUGGGUUACCCCCUGGCUAUGCCACUUUGGGGUCUGGGUAAGUGUUAUGAACUGUACUGUAGUGGUUGCUGUUAGUACUUCUAGCAUUAAGCAGUCAGAUUUAUACGGCACAUUGCACAUGUCCGACAUGUGCAAGCCAACAGUGUCUGUGUUGAGAAACUAAUAUUUACUACUCUUACCAGUGUUACUGCUUUCACUGGAAAGAGUGACAGUAACCUAUGUUGUUGGGCUUCGCACCAAAUAUAUGCCAGAAUAUGUUUGCAAAAUAAAGUAUUAAAUGAGUGACAGGCAGAUAAAUUAUUUGCACCAGUAAUCUCAUUUACAUUUCAUGCUCUGAAAAUAAUUUUUGCUUAUGUUUAGGGAGAAUCAUAGACCAGCAUGAAUAAAGAAGCAUUGUUUCGCUCCGAGAAUCAUUGUAGACACUUGUCAGUGGUUAAGGAUGCUGAUUUCUGAGGCAUGCUCCAAGUAUUCUUUGUCAGGUACCGUCUUGAGGACUGUGUAAUACAGGGGUUCUCAAACUUUCUGGGCUUGGGAAACACCGACAGUUUCUUCAGAAUGCCAUGGAACACCCAAGCAUCCCUCUUUACAGUGAUGUACAUUUAGCACAAGGAAAAUGGGGGAGGGAGGAGGUGCUGGACAUGCAAAAUCCUGUUUUAUUUCUCGCAAAGACAAAAUGAAAGAAACAUGCCAGUCACACUGAGAAAUGACCAUCGUUACACCGGCCGUAAGGCUAAGUCUAAAUGCUCGUGUAGCCCACAGCUGGCAUGAAGCGAUGCCUCUCGUGCUAAAUGUAAGAACAGCACAACAGGGAAAGACGGGGGAGGAACACACACACAGCACUGUGCGUGUGUUCCUUGUCAGUCUUUGUGCGUUGCGCUGUUCUUACAUUUAUUAUGUCCUUCUAACAUGCCCAAGUUUCCACCCUUCAUAGCCUCUCGUGCAUUUCAAAGCGCUCGUUGCACAUUUUGUUUACAAAACCAACGCAACGCUAUGGCAAAUCAGUGUGUAUAAAAACUGUGCCAUGUGUCUGUUAAGGCCACUUAAACAGCAGAUGUCAUCUUCCAUCUCUCGGCUUGGAGAAUUUCUUAAUUCCGUGCACUUGUUAUAAACUGCGCUCAUUCUGCUGAACAUCAUUCUGCAUGUGCUGUCACCACAAGUCCACAGAUUGCACAAAUUUCAUGGGGUGCACAAUGACUACGAGUCUUACUUGCCACUACCACAUGCAUCUCUCACUACUCGCAGACUCCCAACGUGCACAUGCAAUGGCUUCAUGAAAUGCAAAAUGCAAGGCAAAUUUUCUUGUCUGAAUCAAUAAAUUAGGUGUUGAUGGAGGUAAAACAGGAGCUGGUCACAUUCGUUCUGACCACUGCCAGAACCCUAAAAUGCCCUUCAUGGAACCCAGUUUGAGAACCCCUGUUGUUGUACAUAGGGGGAAUGCAUUCGGUGUUCACUACGCACUGUUUUGUUAUUAGCAGUUUUCGAUUAGGCCUCCAAAUGGUGAUAAUCUCGUGACUCAUAUCUUAAACUCUUAUACACUUGAAUUUGUUGUUCCUUUCCUUACACAGUGUCCUCUAAGUAGAAGUUAACGUGGCACACUUUACAAGGCAAUGCCACAAGCAACUUUUGAAUUGGAAAAGAUUGCAAGAUAUGUUCCUUGAUUGUGUGCACAGCACUGUGCUCGAAUUUGUCCUAUGCAUGGCAUGAGUUAGGUAUAGCUAAUCGUCUAUUCUACUGCGUAGUGGACAAUGACAUGUUGCACUGUUUUACUUCUGUUCCUUUCAGUGACACAUUUCAGUGGCAGAGUUGUCACACUGUCAUGUUAUAGAAGGCUUACAUUUGAAAUUGGGGGCACAUUUGUGUAAAUCCAUUGGACACGCUUGCAACUAGUAUUUUAAAACAUGCAACGGGUACUAUAUAUUGCUUGCUGUUACAGUAAAGCCGAUAAAUAUGAGUAAUGUUUUGCUUGAUUGUGUCGAUUUCUUAUCGAGUUUUGCUGUCAUCAGGCACGAAUGUCUUCGUGAUUAAAUGCAAAUCACCUUGUUUUUAUGGACCUUUGUGGUCACUGUGAUGAGUACUCCUUAUUGAAUGCUUGCUUGUUGUGUGUAAGAAUGUCCCGUUUAUGGAGGUUCUUGCAAAUAUAAAAAUCUCGAGGCAUCAUUCUGUCCUCACACUGAACAACUUU